AUGCUCAUGAAGUCACUCUCACUUGCAGCGGCUGCCGGCCUUUUGGCCGCCCCGGCUGCUAACGCAUUUCUCAUCCCUCCCGAGAUCAGCGAGUCCGACCUCAAGAUCGCCCAGGAAGUCGAGUUCGCCGAGCCCAAAAUCGCAGAGGUCCAGCCCAUCGAUCUUGAAUGCCCUGGAUGCCCGCUCAACAUCAAGGGGCGAUUUGGACAAGACAUUCAGGUCAAGACUGGACGACCAAACCACCUCGAGCUUCUGUUUGCCAUCGAGCACCGCCCUGAAGGUGGCGAUCGUUUGUUGGUGAACGACUUUGAAUUGUACCCCUUUGCCGACCCAUUCUCUAGCAAUUUGAUGGCGCCGCAGGUGUUGGAUGACGGUGCAGAGGUGGAAAAAAGACAUGAUCCCCAUGGUGGAGAAGAAGAUGGGCAUCGCAGGGGCAAGCACCAUCGACGACCGAAACCGCAGGCUCAGCGACUUGGCUUUGGGCUUCAUGUCUCCCCGGUUCAGAAGGAUACUGAUGGCAAUUUUGAGCUUAUUGAGGUUGAACUGCAGGUUAUUGAAGUCGGGUACACGUUUGUCGAGAACAUUCCCAAGGUCAGGGUCAAUCUUGUGAAGGAUCAGGAGGGUAAACUCCUCAUGACCACCGUCGAGAAGACCGCCCCCCAGACUAUUGUCGAGGUUUCCGAUGAGGACAAGCCCGCCGAGUGCACCACUCGGAUCUGCCAGCUCAUGGCUGCCGCGCACGAGAAGAUGGAGCAGCUCCGCAAGAUGAGACUUCCUGGUUGCCAUGGUGGUAACAAGGAGGGUAUGGGCAUGAGACCUGCCUUCCACCACGGAGGCGAGCACCAUCACGGCGGCCACCACGGCCACAGCGAGCCUCGCCCUGGUCGCAUGGGCAUGCGCGAGCACAGCUGGGGCAAGCUGUUCAAGAACAUCACCUCGCACAUCUUGCUUCCGGUCCUCAUCGGUCUCGUCGCUGGUGUCGCCGUUAGCUUGAUCGGUAUGGCGGUUGGUACCGUUAUUGUUGGCUUGUGGCGCUUCUUCCGCAAGCCUACCCACACUUCCCGUAGACACUCCAGACGUCACUCUCUCCACAAGGCUUCCCACAAGGAGGCCGUUGUUGCCGAGGAGAAGUCUGGGCUUUUGGCUGAGGAGGAGCAGGAUGCCCCUCCUGCUUACCAGGAUGCGGAGACCAACACCGCCGCCAAGCCCGCCGGGGAGGUGUAA